UAAAUAAAAAAAAAAUAUAAACAAAAUUAAAAAUAAAAAUCCAAUCAGUUUCCAUUUCCAGCCUGACUAUUCGCUCUCCGAACAGUCCCCGGCGGUAUACCAUUUCCUCUCCGGCGAUCACCCCCUUUGUUCCAUUUUAUCUUGAAUUUCAAAGAAUUAACGGAUUUCUUAUGGUUAAUUUUUUUUGAUUGAAUCACUUUGGGAGAUUUAUGAGAUCGAUAAAGAUUUAUUGCUGGGAAAAGUAUCUUGUUUUUGAGCAGCUGGUUUUAUUCCAAUUACAUGUGGGAUUCAUAUAAAGGUUAGGCUGUUAAAUGUAGUUUAAGCUUUGUUUGGAAAAUCCCAUCAAUGUGGUCUAGUUUGGAGAGUUUGGAUGGAUGUAUGUGAAUCAGAGCAACGAUUGCACAAGCUUCCUGCUGUGGAUACCACAAGACCACCUCUUGUUCCUGCUGAAAAGAACAAUGCACCACUCACUACCAGACGUCCUCAAGCAAGGGAAGUUAGUUCGAGGUAUAAAUCACCCACUCCAUCAACACCUUCUGGUCCCAAGCGUAGCCCAUCUCCAAACCUCACUAGAACAAGCCCUAUACCUUCCCAGUUGGUGCAAAAGAGAGCUGUAUCAGCUGAGAGAAAGCGUCCCUCAACACCACCUUCACCUCGAAGUCCAUCUACUCCAGUUCAUGGUUCAUCAAUUUUUGUGCAGAUAUCAUCUAGAAGGCUAUCAACUGCCCGUAUACCAGAGAGUUUAUGGCCUUCUACUAUGAGAAGUCUUAGUGUUUCAUUUCAGUCUGACACUAUUUCUAUUCCUGUUAGCAAAAAGGAAAAAGAGAAAUCGGUUAAUAAUGUUUCCUUGGAUCGCACUUUGAGACCUUCUUCAAAUGUGGCUCAUAGACAACAGUCAGAGCUACCUACCUUAUCUCAGAAGCCUACUCCAGAGAGAAAGAGAAGUCCUCUGAAAGGGAAAAAUGCACCCGAUGAAUCUGAAAAUGCAAAACCUGUUGAUGGUUUGCCCAGUCGAUUGAUAGAUCAGCAGCGAUGGCCCAGUAGAAUUAAUGGGAAAUUAUCUUCCACUUCAUUGUUCAGAAGUGUGGAUCUGGGCGAUAAGAUUGUUAAAAGUUUGCCUACACCAAUUCCAGGAAUGGGGUUAUCUUCCCCGAAGAGAACGCCAAUGUCUGAUAGUUCAGGUAAACCUCUACAGAAAUCUGCUAGUGAUGCUGCAAGGUUGUUAUCACUUGAUGAAAUUGGUCGAGUAGGAUCUGAGGCAAUCUCAAUUGCUGAUAAGUCUCUGUGGAUAUCUGGACCUGCUAGACUCCUUUCUGCAAGUUCAUUGGAUAAAAUGACAUCAACAACUCAUGGGGUCAAAUCUCAGUCUUUGUCUGCUCCUGGAUCACGACCUCAGUCACCAAGUAGGACCUCUGUUCCUAGGGGUGUCAGUCCAUCUCGGGCAAGACCUUCCACUCCACCUCCAAGAGGAGUCAGUCCAUCUCGGCUUAGGACAUCCACUUCAUCCAGCCAAUCCCAUAGCUCAACUUCAGUUCUCAGUUUUAUCACAGAUUUUAAGAAGGGAAGAAAAAGUGCAAACUACAUGGAGGAUGCUCAUCAACUGCGGCUUCUUUACAAUUGUUAUUUGCAGUGGCGACUUGCUAAUGCCAGGGCGGAAGCUGUAUUGUAUAUUCAGAAAGUUACUGUGGAGGAAAUUUUGUACAAUGUUUGGAAUGCUACUUUGAGUCUGUGGGAUGCUGUGAUCAAGAAAAAGAUCAUCCUCCAACGAUUGAAGUUAGAGCUCAAGCUAAGCUCAGUUUUGAAUGAUCAAAUGGGAUACCUAAAUGAUUGGGCACUACUUGAAAGAGAUCAUAUAAGUUCUUUAGCUGGCGCAGUAGAAGAUCUGGAGGCGAGCACUCUCCGUCUUCCCGUAACUGGAGGGGCAAGGGCAGACAUCAAAUCAUUGAAAGCUGUGAUUUGCCCUGCUGUUGACAUGAUGCAGGCUAUGGGUUCUUCCGUUUGUUCUUUACUCUCAAAGGUGGAAGGGAUAAACAAUUUGGUUUCUGAGCUUGCUGCAGUAGCUGCACAAGAGAAACGCAUUCUUGACCAAUGUGAAGCUCUGUUGGCUUCAACAGCAGCUAUGCAGUUAGAAGAGUACAGCCUCAGGUCUCAUCUCAUACAAACAAAACAACCUUUGGAGAGGAAUAAGCAGCCAAUCAUGGCAGCCAAAACAUUUCCAUGGCCCUGACCGGCUGGUAUGCUAACAAUCUGCCAAUAUAUAAUUUGAGAUAAAUUACAAAAUCUGCUUACUUCCCAGUAAAUGUAAAUUGCCCUUUUUAAUUUUCUUAACUUAAAUGGUAAUUUUUUUUCUUCUCUAAUUUUUCCCCUUUCAAAAGAUGGAGCUACUGGCUCCAUUUUUUCUGUGUAAUCUUUGUAUCAUGCACAUGAAAAGAAAAUGCAAAGGAAGCAAAGGAUUUUAAAUUCAGUGUAUAGGCAAGGCUUAAGAGAGAAAAAUGUACCAAAAAAAAAGGUUUUAAGAUGGAAAAAAGAUGUAGAGCUAGUUUACUUAUAGACUUGAAUGGAAGUUUUUAUUGUACUUCCAAUAUUCCAAGUUGAUAUUAUUGAGAACCAAUACAAUUUUAGUUUUGUAGCACACCUAUUACACUGGUGGCUCUAGGCUCCGAAUUCUUGGCUACUGCCCCAAACUCCAAAGAAAAGAAGAAAAUGAAAUCUGUUUUCAAUUCAAUGGCAAAACUUGGUGCAAUGCAUAUAACUAUAACACAAAAUUUUCACUGUAAUUUUAUCUUUGUGCAUCUCCAUUUUGCUUGUUCAUACGUUACAUGUCAUAUAAUCGUAGUAAGAGCAAGAAUGUACAUGUAUAAUCUUGAGAACCGUCCGUCAAAGAAGAAAGGGAAAGCAAUUUUUCAGCAGUUGAUGCCGCAUUUUGUGGUGUCUGGUCCCUUCGUUUUCAACGCAAAUGGGUUAAUUUGUAAGCAAGGAGAGGAUUGAAGCCAAUAGCACUGACCAUAUAACAACAAUGGUUGGUGUCCUGUUUUGCCUCCCCAUUAGACCUUUUAAGGAAUGGGUAUAGACGGACAAUCACCCAGAAGGAGAAGAAGAAGAGCUUUCCAAAGAGAGGUCCGCAAGAUUGGUAUCCGUUGUUUAUGUUAUCUGAGAUGCCUGCAACAACUCCAACUGGGUUGAUGAU